AUGAGGCAGGAUUGGAUGUCUGCAAAUGCAUCUUUAGAAGAUACGAUGGCCACGGAGGAUGAGGCAGACUCCAUGCAGAGUUUACUGCUGCAGGCAUUGUCUCGUUCAGUCGGAGGGGAGCGAGGAGGUAAUUUGGCUCAGAAAAACUUAGCUCUAGUGCAGAGUUUAGAUGGCCUGAGGAGGGGCCUUCUACACAGAGUGGGAAGCUCUGUCUACGGUAACCUGAGGAUGAAAGUGUCACGAGUUACGAUGGCGCUGCUUGAUGAUGUCAGCAACCUGGUGAACGUGCAGCAACCCAGCACUCAGGGCCGGUGUUCAGCUGGUGACUUAAGACAGUUGAUCUUAUGGGGUAUAAGACAUAAUGUGAUGUGGAACACUCAAGCUUUGGGCAUCAGCUCUCAGGGUCUCCCAGGCUCAUUCCCAUUUCUGUCCUGUCCAUCCACUGAGGAAGACAAGUUACAGUCACAACUAACACCAGCCCAGUCAUCGCCAAUAACAGCUCCCUCUUCAAAAAGAAUCUCCAAACAAAAACACCUUCUUGAGCUCUCUGCCAUACCUCACAGCAAGUUCGGAGAGGCCAACAGCAAGCAAAGAGACAUUGAGUUCUCCACCUCUACAGAGAUCCUGGAGGCAGCAUGUAAUGAAUCCAUCCCUGGCUUGACUGGCGUCUCUAACUUCACUGUGUUCCUUUACUGUAAACUGUUUGAAGGGGAAAAUGGCUCAGUUAAAUCUGCAGUGGCUCACAUGGGGCUCGACCUGCAUGCUACAUGCUCUGAUGCAGCUUGGUACCUUUCUGCUGCUGAGGAAGACUUCUUUUGGGUCCAUGUCUGCAGUGAGUUCUUUGCCCAUGAAUUCAACAACACUGUGUGUGCCAACUCCUCUUUCUGGCUACAGAAAGCACAUCAGGCUGCAGUAUCAAAGGAUUAUCAUAUUUCAAACCAGACGAGUAUAGAUGAGCUGUGUGUGCAGCUUUCAGUUGAGGCAACAGUGAGUCCAGAACUCAAUGAGAACUGUUUGGCUCAGUUGGGGAGCAGGUCUCUGACUGCUGAAGUUUUUCGACACUGCUUUCUGCCUAACAACUCAGUCAUGAUUUCAGCUCUGUGUGGCAAGGAGUCGCCUGACUUGCUGCAAACCCUUCCAGAGGGCAGUUGGGCAGCAGCAUACUGCUUAAAGAUUCACAACUUUUCCCAUGAUGACACCAUCAUUGAAGCUUGUCAGUACAAGAAGUGGACUGUGCAACAUUUUACCAACUCAACUCUACUAGAACUCUGUGGACAGACUCUGGGACUGAGGGAGCACAUUUGUCUAAAUGCCACUCUCUACCAUCAGCUGUUAAGGUUGAAGCCUCGUUUAGCUGAUGUCUGUGCAGAUCUGCAGGCAGAACAAGAGAGUAAGAAAUGUUUCCUGCAAAGGUUUUUUGAUAUGCUUCCAGCUCCGUAUGAAUUUGACACAUCGCAGCUGUGUGUUGACCCAGCCCCACUACUGGUAGACCUCCUACACAAGCUGAGUGUGUGUGAGGUGGAGGGAGGAGAGCGUGAGGGCUUUUUAGUGGGGAUGGGAUAUGUGUUGCGUGUCUUAGACUUCAUGGUGGGGCUCUCAUCUGGCCUGGAUGAAGGAGAAGGAGAGGCAAGACAAGGUUUGGGUCAGGCUAUCCUCCUUUCCAGUCUUCUUGACAACACAUCCUGGGCCACGCUACAGCCUGAAGCCUCCAUGAGUGUCCUUCACACUGUGGGAGUCUUCUUGCGCAGAGAGCAGAACGCCACUCUGAAAGAGAACCUGCUGAGCUGCUUCAGUCCCAUCCUGUGGGAUCUCAUCCAGCAGAACGACAACUCAUCUGCUCUCAGGGUUCUGCUGCAGGAGUAUCUCCAGAUGCCAAGAGACAGCAUUCGAACUCUAGUGAUGUCUGCAGAGAAAGAUGCUGUUAAGAGAUUUCUCUCUCAUAUGCAUCAAAGUUGGGACCAACUUCAAGUUGGAACCAACCAGGCCUCUCAGCAAGAGUUACAAGCCAUGGAAACAAUGACGGCUGCUUUCAUCCAUAAGUUCCCCCGAGUGACCCCAGAGCUGUUUGUAGACCUUUCUCAGUUCAUCCCCUUCAUGUCUGUCUCUGACAUAAUGAGCUUCCCAGCCUCCCUGAUUGUCAAUGACAGUGUGUUGACAGCCAUUCGUAACCACAGCUCUGGGAUGAAGUCGCUGCAAAAAAAGGCCUUUGUAAAAAGACUUCUGCAGUCAAACGUUGUCGGAGAUGUCCCUACUUGGCCGCCAUAUUUCCUCAGCUCCAUCCUCCCACUUCUGCCUUAUCUCCCCAUUAAUCAUUUUCAGCAGCUGACAUUGCAGCAGCUUUCUCCACUGGUGGAGUUGCUAGGCAACAGCAGUCUGGACGGUGUAAGGGGCCGCCAUGUGCUUCGGACCCUUUUCAGCAAGAGGAAGAAUCUGACCAGUAAUGGUAUAUUGAGAUUAGGAGUCCUUGCAUGCUACCUGGAUCCGGCAGACUUUGGUUCCUAUCUCCAGGACUCAGCUGUGUCCACUGCUCUCUGGCAGCAGCUCUCUCAGUGCACAUCCAAGGGGCUCAUCAGUGCCAGUGGCAGGCUGUUAGCUUGGUUGAUACCAGCAGCUAAAACUCUGAACAUCAGCAGCAUGGGUUCUUCAGAGCUGUCGGCGCUCAGCGGUUUGCUGCCUCAGUUAGGAGCUUCCUUCCUGCUGUCUCUCCCCACGCAGCAGCUCCUGGAAGUCUUGUCACAGCCAGGACUGCACAAAUAUUCACCAGCACAGGCAUUUCAAAUACUAUCCAAGAUAUCAAAGGAUGCCAAUCUCACCGUGGAAAAACUGUGCAGUCUGAAGCCAUUGCUUUCAGGUCUCUCCCCUGCUGUGCUCAGUGACCUCCAGUGGUCUGAGAUCAGUAAAGCUGCCCACUGUCCAUGCUGGAGAGCAUUGCUAACUGAUCUUAAGCCUGCCCACAGAGCCAUACUUUACAGUGCAAUACAGGAGGCUCUUCUCAGAGACUUGAGGAACAUCACACACCAGGUAAACUGUCUGUUUUCCUUUGUUCCCCUGAGGAAGCUGAUACAGGCCAUGGAUGGUGAAACCAUUUGGAGAGGCAUCCGUACAUACAAAGAUGUACACUGGUCACCACAGCAGGCUCAAUUUUUGUUUAGUAAGAUCCUUGAAUUUACAAACAUUACCGUCAAGUCAGUGAGGGAUCUGGGUAGUAUUGCUGGUGGAAUGAGUUGUGGGAUUUUGAAGCUUUGGACCAAUGAAACAGGCUUUGCAGAGCUGCUUGAAUUUGUCAGUGAAUUGCCUGGAGGCACAAGACCUGCUCUGCGAAAAUGUAUUGUAGAAGAACUGAAGAAACAACCUGAACUCAACCUCAAUGCUUUGAGUUCUGGGUUUGCUGCAACAUUACCAGUGACGAUGAUCGAGAACCUCUCUAAUGCAUCUGUCAGAGCCAUUCUGGACCACAUUAAGUCCCACUUUGUUGAUUUCCUGAUACUGCCUCAUUAUAAACAGACAAAUUUAGCUGAGAGGGCCAUAGCUGAGCUGGACUCUUUUCUGGCAGAGGGGCAGAUUGGUGGCACCCUUCUGGACAACCUGGGACCUUUGCUGCCUUUCCUGGACCGAGACAGUCUGACUCUGGUGGAUAGAGGAGCACUGGCUCUGCGGGUGGAGGAGAUCAGAAGUUUCUGCCUUCCUAAAGAGGCUCUGAGAGAUAUUAGUGGUUUUCUCACUGAGAAAGACCUGCUGGGAGAUCCGUCUAAAUGGCAGGUUGGGGAUGUUGAGCAUCUGGGCAGGCUGGUGUUUGCUCUCUCAACAAAGCAGAUUAACUCCAUCCCACUGACGGUGUUGAAUAAGGACUUAGUGGAGCAGGUCCUGCUGAGUCAAAGGCGCUGGGAGGACAGUGUGGUUGGUGGGGUCUGUGUUAGUCAGUGUAUGGACCAACACAACCUCAAGCAGCAGACUCAGAGUCUUAUUCGAGGGAUUGUCAAAGCACGGAGUAGAAAAGCAAAAGUGCCAGUUCCAAAUUGUGCAGACAUCAGAGGAACCUUUCCCUCAGCUUGGUCAUCCACUCAGCUCAGGCGUAUGCCACUGGAGGAGUUGAAAGAGUGUGUGGAAGUUUUUGGUCAGGAUUCAUCGCUGAGUUCUGAGCAGCGUCGGUCAGCGUGGGUAAAACUCCGGCAGUUCUUCAGUCCAGUGAGAGAGUUGAAAGCAGAUCAGGUGCUGACAUUGGGCUCAUUGGUGACGGAGAUGGGAGAGAGAGAGCUACAGGACAUCAAUCUCACUGAUGUGGGUGUGUUGGCACAUCUGGGCACACUGACAGACUGGAGUUUUCAAAAGAUGAGAGCAGUGAUUUUAAGUGUGAUAAGGAAACGCAGGCUGAAAGUGGAGCAGUUAACAGCUGUUGAUAUAGUAACAUUUGGCCAUUUGAUGUGCGGCCUAUACCCCUCAGAGAUCAAACGACUGAGCCCCUACAAUCUCAGUGUAGCUGUCCUGUUCUUGAGGGAGACAUCUCUGCCAUGCACGGAACAGCAGUUGGAGGCACUGACAAGCUGUUUGUCCAGACCAGACGCCUUUGGUCCAGUCAGUGCUUGGGGACCAGAGAUUUUCAGUGAAAUUGGGAUUUUGGCAGCGGGCCUGCCUGAUAUAGUGCUGUCAGCUCUGCUGCAAGGACAGGUGGAAGGAAUCAUCCCUGAAGCUGUUGCCCAGAUGACACCAAAAAAGAUGGCAGUGGUGUUCAGUGCAGUUCAGUUGUCGUGGAUGAGUGUGGAGCAGGCGUGGGCUGUCACACAGGAGCAGUGGGCUGAGCUGGACACGGAACAGAGACAUGCUGUUGGACUCGCUCGGUAUGAGGGAGACAUCCUGCUGGAGCUCAGAGGGAGGAACUCGGCCCCAGCAGCCUCAAACACAGGCAACCUCCCUUUAUGCUUACUGGCUCUGUGCCUCCUGUUAUGGCAACUAAGUUAAAAUGCUGCAACAACAUUUAAUUGUCCCUUUGACCUCCCUUGGUAUCAUAUUUGUACUUCAAAUAAACAUUUUGAACUGCUCCA